GUUUUCUGAAAACUCAUAAGAAAAUGUUGUGGAAUGUUUUCACUUAUUUUAGAAAAACACGGUGUAUUUAGCUACACAUUCAAAAAAGAUUCGUAAAAGUAUUUUAUAAAGGUAGAAGCAUCACUUGCGUAUUAUUUAAGUUGACAAAAGAGUGGCCGUUCUAUUACAAUUCCACACCAAAAGGCCUAGCUAUGGCAGCAGUGCAAAGCAGACAAAACACUGCGACACCUGAAGCACUUCACAGUGAAACCUCAGAUAAUGGUUCUAAUCUAUCAGCCGCAGGUAUCCAUAAAGCUUCUUUAGGAAACAAUGUCUCCACAGAUUCUAGCCCAGAUGAUAUUGUAGAGACUGCAGUUGAUAGUGAUAAUGAUGAUCCAGAGACACCUAUUGAAGAGAUGUUUGUGUAUUCUCACCAUGGCAUAGAGCUACUGGAGACACUUUAUAACAUGGCUCGGGAGGGUCAGCACUGUGACGCUGCUCUGGUCAGCAAUGACUCUAUAGGUGCAUUCAUUCCUGUUCACAAGACCAUCAUAGUCGGAGUCAGUCCUGUCCUGAAAAAGAAGUUCACCACUGGAGUUAGAUCUGUUGUAGUUGAUUUUCCCUCAGACAUCAUCCGCAAACUUAUCAAAUUCUUCUAUGUUGGAGAGAUUAAUAUAAAUCUGGAUGAAUUUGAAAAAAUUGAGAAGGCAGCGUUUCAACUUGAUGUUGUUUCUCUUAAGGAGAUAUGUAAGAUGUUCCGGGAGAAACAUGGGAGUGAAAUACUCCAUCGGUCUCCAUUCGUGGACAGACAGCAAUCAGAGGAGGUCAACAGAGUCAUACCAGCAUCCGAUUCUCUUGUAAUGGACAUUGAUGACUCCACUGGAGGUCAUGUAAUCCCAGUGUUCUCAGCUGGGCAAAAACGAUCAGCCUCUAAUGAAGAAUCUGAUAUUGCAAAACGUUUAAAAUCAAAAAAAGAUUUAGUUGUGGCAGCAGUUAAUCAGGAUGAAAAUGUUAUUUACUUCUCAGAAUCAACAAAAGUUGCUACAGAAGAUCUACAAAAUGAUGACCCUCUCUUGUUUAAGUGCCUGUAUUGUAAGUAUUACUCAAAAGGGCCUUCAAGUCAAAAUAAUCUGAAAAAACACAUGCUACAUCAUCUCAAACCAGGGAAGUUCAAAUGUCCCGUUUGUUCAUUCUCAACUGACACAAAUGCCAGUUUAAGCCGACAUUUAGCUCAUCAUCAUACCAAAGAGGAUUGGGAUAGUCUCCCAUCUAAUACAGACUUCACAAAAAUGUACCCCGAAGCUGCCUCAACUAAGCCUCAGACGGCUUGGAUGACUGUACAGAACUAUUCAGGCCCAAGUAUGAGGACAAUGGUUUGUUCUAAUGCGUCUGAUGCAACCUCUGAUGAUAAAUCCCAGGAGAAAUACCUGCUACCUCCGGGGAAACAUAGAAUCAUGAUAGACAAUGAGGCGUAUCUCAUAGACAUUCCAGACUUUAAUGAAGAAUUUCAGGGAGAAAAUCAGAGGUUCUCAUUCCUUGUCCCAAAAGGUGUGAAUAAUGACACUGAACAAGAAGUGGUUAUCAUAUCAGCCAAAGACCAUGCGAAUGAUACAUCUAAAGGUUCCGGGGAUGGUAUUACCAUGGUUACUUCUCUCAAUAAUGUAGAACAGGGGGAAUCGGUUGAAAAAUCUGUUCAGGAAGUAUAAUGGUAAUUAAUUAUAUACAUAAAAUGUAAUAUUCGAUAUUUAAAUGAAAUAUAUGAGUAAUGCCAUGCCACAUCUAAGAUAUUUGUCAUACACUCCCACUUUCAGCUAAAGUGCUUUUUUGAGGGAAACAGCAUGCCAUGCUCUUGCACAGUACUGUCAUGGUCAUAGCCAGGCAUGAGGCAGAUGAGACAAUUGCCUCACAAAAAUUGUACAGAAAUAUGUCUUAUGAUUCAGAAUUUGUAUGAUCUAUGAGUCCAAUAGUAGUUAAAAUGUAAAGUGGAACACUUCUCAGAGUCCCAAAAACAACCGACUUAUGUU